GCCACUGAAGAAAAGCAAAGGAAUAUUUUGAAAACGAAAGGUAACAAAGGUGAAAAAAGUAAGGAAGGUGAUAAAGCCUGAAGAAGCGAAAGGGCCUAUGUUUACUGAAGUUGAGAGAACGUUCCUUGAGCUUCAGUUAGCUGAAGCUAACAGGAAAGUAGCGAGACUCAGGACAACAGUUGAAGAGCUCGAAUUAAAGAAUAAGGAAAUGAAGAAGAAUUACAACAAAUUAGACGAAGACAGGGCAGAUAUUAUUGCCUACUUAAAGAAGGUUCUAAACAACAAAAAUGGGGAAAUUAAUGAGUUAAAAGAACAGGUCAAAACGUUAGAAGAAACAAGACUAGUUGAAAUAGCUGAACACAAAAAGAAUGUUGCUGAGAUGGAGAAGAAUUUCAAGGUUAUGAAAGAACAGCUAACUUCAGAAUGUAAACUUUGACUAGUAAACUUAACACGAUGGAAGAAUUCCGAGUCACUAGAGAUAUUUUGAUGGCGAAAUUUGAGAAACAGGAACAGAAACUAAAAGAACAAGAAAUGAUGUAUAAAAGAAAGAUAUAUGAUAUCGAAAAGAAAUUUGU